UUAUCUUAUACAGCGCAUAUGUAAGUAUGUUUGUGUAGAAAAAUUUUAUUGAAUAUCCUCUUUGUCAAUGCUAAUUAGAUGCAAAGAACUUGAAUAUUCCAUUGCAUAACGAACGAUGAUAGUAUUUUGAAUAUGGCAAUUACCCCAUAGUAACAUUAUUUGGUCGCGAGCUUAACUCAAAGUUGUAGAAUGAUUUAGACGAAUUAAAACGGUGUUUUCAUCAUUACCGCUUUUGAACAUAACCUUACUUUGCGUAACCUUCAAAAUGAGUUUUAAACAGCACGAAAUCACUUAACUCGAUUAUACAGGAAAUUAGAUUGUAUAUAAAACGUGCAAACUCUUACGAAAAAUGGCUCAGAACCCAUUAUCCCACUUUAAAUCUCUAUUUGCAGUAAAGUCGUGCUCUUUUGUAGUUCUUCUUGUUGAUAUUGUUGUUGUUUUAGCGAAUGCUUGCCUUUACAGUGGUCGCCAACGUCUGUAAUAUGUGAACGUAAUCUCGUCCCAAUGUAUUUCGCUGUGACUGUAUCUUGUUAAUUCUGCAAAAGUUGACAACCUAUGGGUUUUCUCCAAAACAGCUGAUUAUUGUUUAUUGUUUCUGCUAAACAAAACAAGCUGCAUUUGAAUAAACGAAUUUUGCUAUCUAAUAUUAAAAUUUAUUUAAAAAAAUUUAACUUCAAAAUGAGCAAGAAAAGCCAAUCUAAAGAAAAAACUCAUGAAUUAGAAACACAAAAUAAGAUUGCUACAAAAUGUUCUAAGAGGCAACGCCGGAAGGCUCCUGAAACAUGGAAGCAAAAUGUACGCAAAACUCUGCGCCAGUCAGGGCGAGAGUAUGUUUCUGUAAAUGGAAAAAUAGUGAAAGAACGGGAAAUGCAACCUGCUUGCGGAAGUACUUGUCAUCUUAGCUGCAGUACAAAGAUAGAACCAAAUCAAAGGCAGCUAAUACACAAUACAUUUUGGAAGUUAAACGAUGAACAAAAAAUGUAUUUUUACUGGAAAUAUACAACGCGUAUAGCUCCAAAGCGACGCCGUAAAACUACCAUUAACGAAACACGCCGUGGUUUUUCUAUGAAAUAUAGAUUUGAAAUAAAUGGUGAUAUGCAAUAUGUAUGCAGCAAAUUCUUUUUUGCUACUUUAGAUAUAUCACCACGCCGUAUAUACUAUUUCUACGAGCAUUGCUAUGAUAAGGAGAUAUGUAUGCCUCGUACAAAUGCUUUGCUUGGCAAAGGUAUGAGUCGAAAGACGGUAUUAAGGCAACGCUUAGAAGAAAUACGAAAUCAUAUCAAAACAUAUCUCAAUGAAAGUAAAGGCAUCUCAAAUAAUAAACUUUUUUUGCCCACGGGUGUCAGCCUUGAAAAAUUUCAAACGCAUCCUGAAGUUCGUAAUGAAACGCAGCGUACCAUUUACGCUGAAGAACAAAAUUUUUCCUUUAAUGAAAUAAGCCAUGUAUUAGAAGAACCAGUCUUAACAUCCCACAGUAGCCCGAGCACAAUGUAAUUACAAAAUUUAUG